UGAGGAAAACGCACGGAAACCCCACGGAGUGCGGAAGGCGUGGUGCUGAUACACUGACAAAGCUUUUCUUUUCUUUUCUUUUCUUUUCUUUUCUUAACGCAAUCGAUCGGUAAAGAGAAGAUUUUAUUUUUGACGUUUCAAACUUUGCGAAUCAGUUCUAAAAGUUUUUUGUCUUUCGGGAACUUGUGAUGGUUCUCUUAUGGGAUGAUCCGUUCAGCUGAUCCCUACUGUGUUGCUGUGAGCACGCAGGAGUGAAGUGUGCGCGCACAGAGACAAAUGCUUUGCGCUGCUUUACCGAUGACAAGCCCGGUCUAUGUAACGCACGAACCGGACUACUGAACCAGACCGGCCCGUCAUUUUAUAUUGGCUUGUUUUAUUUUAUUUUUUGGCUAAGUGGAAGGGAUGGCUGGCGUGGUGCGCACCCUGAGCCGGUGUCUGCUCCCCGCUGAGCCUGGCCACGAAAGGAAUAACGGGAAAGACGGAGCGCGCGAGCGGGACGCAACACAGGCGCGCGAGGCCAAACGGCGGAGUCGCGAAAUCGAUGCCAUGCUGGCGCGCGAGAGACGCUCCGUGCGCCGUCUGGUCAAAAUCCUGCUCCUGGGCGCAGGGGAAAGUGGCAAAUCCACCUUCCUCAAACAGAUGAGGAUUAUUCACGGGCAAGAGUUUGACCAGAAAGCGCUGCUGGAUUUUAGAGACACCAUCUUUGAGAAUAUUAUUAAGGGCAUGAGGGUGCUGGUGGACGCACGGGACAAGCUCGAGGUGCCCUGGAAGAACUGGGAAAAUGAGAAGCAUGGAAUGUUUGUUAUGUCCUUUGAGAACAAAACAGGAAUGCCGGUGGAGCCUUGUACAUUCCAGCUGUAUGUGCCUGCCCUCCAGGCACUCUGGGGUGACUCGGGUAUCCAGGAGGCCUAUGGGCGCCGGAGCGAAUUCCAGCUGAGUGAAUCAGUGAAGUAUUUCCUGGACAACUUGGAUCGGAUCGGACGGCUGAAUUAUGUCCCAAGUCUUCAGGACAUCCUCCUGGCUCGUAAGGCCACCAAAGGCAUAGUGGAGCACGACUUUAUCAUCAAAAAGAUCCCUUUCAAGAUGGUGGAUGUCGGCGGUCAGCGAUCACAGAGGCAGAAGUGGUUCCAGUGCUUUGACGGCAUCACCUCCAUCCUCUUCAUGGUCUCGUCCAGCGAGUACGACCAAGUCCUGAUGGAGGACCGGCACACGAACCGCCUGGUGGAGUCCAUGAACAUUUUCGAGACCAUCGUCAACAACAAGCUCUUCUCCAACGUCUCCAUAAUCCUGUUCCUCAACAAGAUGGACCUGCUGAUGGAAAAGGUGGCCAAGGUGAGCAUCAGUAAGCAUUUCCCUGACUUCCGCGGAGACCCUCGGCGGCUGGAGGACGUGCAGAACUACCUGGUGCAGUGUUUCAAGCGCAAGCGCCGCAACCGCAGCAAACCGCUUUUCCACCACUUCACCACGGCCAUCGACACCGAGAACAUCCGCUUCGUCUUCCACGCCGUCAAAGACACCAUCCUGCAGGAGAACCUCAAAGACAUCAUGCUGCAGUGACUGACAGAGCAGCCGGCGCUAGACACGACGUGACGCCUGUAAAUCUUUCCACUGUGAAAAGAGACCGCUUUCUGCACAACACGUCUCCACUUUCAGAUGGACACGUAGAUGCAGUAGGCAGUUGUGUGUUACUGAGUUAUUGUCAGAGGAUUGGAAAAUACGCUGCUCAUGUGCUUCUGGCCCGCUACAUACCACUAAGUAAUGACACGAGGCAUCUGGGAACUGUGAUUUUCUAAACUGUAUAUGAUGUGUGUGUGUGUGUGUGUGUGUGUGUGUGUGUGUGUGUGUGUGUGUACAGUAGAUGUACUAACUGUAGAUGUGAAUGUUUUGUGCAUGAGGAGAAAGAGACAGACAAUCAGGAAAGAAGGUCUCCCAGCAUCCACUCACCGAAUCCUCCCAGAGUCGACUCGCUGUAUACAAAGACAAAGCGCUGGAGUUAGUCACCGUAAAAAAGAAAUGAAUUAUCGACUUCCUGUCUGCUCUUAACUCCUAACCACAGCUGAUCUGAGUAAAGCGUCUUCCUCUGGAAUAGAUAAGGCCUCAUUAAUAAAAGACGGCCUGGGAUCCGACGCAGCCGCCUGACAGCGCUCUUUAUCCUGGUUUUAAACCGGCUGUAAAGGAAAAAAAUAAAUGUUUUGCUGUUUGUUUGGUUUUUUAAAACAAAGUUUAAACAUCUCUUCACGAAUAUAUUUCAUGUCAAACAUCAAGCACUUCUGUUUCGAACCAUUCUUUAACAAGCUUAUACAAAAAAAGCCCAAUCUUUAAAAAAAAAAAGCUUCUGCACUAACGUUUCAGUUUUGAGCCCUUGAUUUUUCCACAUUACCGCAGUUUCGGAUCCAAACCUGACGUGAACUCUGAGACCGAACUGGAGAUUUAUACAAAUGCAUAAAUGAAUAUUUUGUACACAUGAUAUGAUUUUGCUUUUUUUUUAGACACUUUAACAAUUUCUACCACUUAUAAAACUUCCAAGUACUUUUGAUAGUUGGUGUCAGAUCACUGGUUAAUAUACGUGUUUGUUUUUUUUUUCCUUCAAACGUCACUAACUUCAGAUGAUUAAGACACUGGUGAUAAUGUCUUUCAAAUUUUCUGCACUACGUUUGCGUACUUUAUAUUUUGGGAUGUUUUCUGUUGGGUUUUUUUUUUUGGAUGGUUAGUGCCGUGUUAUUACUGCGACUAAUCCGGGGGAGGAACCGGUCCAAGCAGGAUCGGAGGGGAAAAGCGUCUGAUCUCGGAGGAGGUGAAGAGUUUCUCCCACAGCUCCUGAUGGAAAACAACACUGAUCUCAUUUGAGUUUCAGAGCUCCCCCACCGCCUGAAUGCUCUGAACUCUCAGGGGGAUUUGCAAAUGUUGAGAAAUCAGUAAUGCAGCGGAUUUACUUUUUCCAUGCCUGAUUUUUUUUUUCCAUCUGCUGACUCAUGUGCUCUGCUGAAACAGAUCCACUCCUCCAAAGACGUCUUUAACACCCAGGUGUUGCUUUGCUGCAUAGUUACUUAGUUUGUUAAUCAGUUAAUUAGUUAGUUGGUUGUUAUAUAACGGUAAUCUCUUCCCUCGUUGUUCUGACCGAGAGUUACUUCGGCUCCUGAGCGAGGACGGCAACACGUACAGAGAAGAUUCUCGUCAGCUUGUCCGAGACUCGCGAGUCCGAGCUUGACAAACAUUACAUCCGUUCUUGUUACAUUCUUGUUCAGAAAUCAGAAGUAGUCCAUCUGCCCCUGAUAAAAUGUUCUCUGACCAACCAGGAGGGGGUCCUGAUGCUUCAUGUUAAAGAAAUGUUUUUUCCAUAUCUUCCCAAAGUAAACAGCUCACACAUCAAUGCUUCGUUUUUACCUCAACAUCUAGAGAACUGUGCUUCUUAGCGAGUCCUAAUGUAUACUUCAAUAAACUUUCGAUAUAAUACGAAAGACACAAAGUAUAAGACGUCAAACCCGGUCUUGUUGUUCCACAGAGAGAAUGAUGAGUAAUUAAAAAAAAAAAUCAAUAAAUAAAAACAAAAAAUCAUGAAAAUAAUAAAAAACCAAACGAGCCAGUGGACCAAAACAACAACAACAACAACAACAACAACAACAACAAAAAUACAUCUUUUAAAGCCAGGAAGGAAUUUCAGUCUGCUGAUCAUUUCUCUUGUCUGAACUGAAAUGAAGACAAUCCGCUCUGGUAAAUAUUCAGUAAUGGCUUUCACCGCUUAUCACUUCAACUUCCUCGGCCUCGUGAGUGCUUUCAAAACUGUACUUUUACAGUGUGAUUUUUAAGUGUUUCCUUUUGUUUUGUAUUCCUCUUGUGACUGUAAAAAUUUUAAGGUUUCAGAUUAACUGUAAUGCUGUAUAUAAGAAACUGUAUAAAUUCAGUAAAAAAUAAAUAAAUAAUGCCAUUUGUAUGAGUC